UGUAUUUACAACAAUCUGUGUAUGUAGUUUUGACAAGCCAAUCUUGUGGAUAACCUGUCAAUUUCUGGUGAUGCGAUAUUUUUUUAUCGAACCUGUAAUAAUCAUUAUAGAGACAAAUGACAAUUGUCUGCAUUGAUCUAUGGCAGCUAUUGACAAAGUUAAGAUUAUGGUCGUUGGGGACUCAGGGGUGGGAAAGACGUCACUUACGCACUUGAUAUGUGAGCAACAGACAAUAAACAAUCCGUCCUGGACGAUUGGCUGCUCGGUGGAGGUGAAAUUGCACGAGUACAAGGAAGGGACACCCAAUCAGAAAAGAUAUUUCAUUGAACUAUGGGAUGUUGGAGGCAGUCAGAGUCAUAAAAAUACUAGGCAUGUUUUUUACAAUCCUACGAAUGGAAUUAUUUUGGUUCACGACCUGUCGAACAGAAAAUCCCAGCAGAAUCUGCAGAAGUGGUUGGAGGAGGUCUUGAGUAGAGAUGGAAACAGUGGAAGGUCUAGGUCUUUCGACGAUUUCGAUCCAGAAAAGUUUGUGGGUUCCACACAAAUUCCUAUUCUGGUAGUUGGGACGAAACUAGAUCUGGUGCCAUCGAGGUCUAAUCUCCACAGGCGAUCAUCAACAAUUGCUGAAGAAUGUGGAGCUGACGAGAUUUUUUUGGAUUGCAGUCAAGUGCGUUCCCUCGCAGCAGGCACGACAUCAUCUGUAAAACUCAGCAGGUUCUUCGACAAAGUAAUCGAGAGGCGAUUCUACGCGAAUCGCGAGGGCAUAAGUCCAGAUAAAAGAAGACAACCGGUCUACACAUCUCCCUACACCCCAAAACUCUACCACAAAGACUAAAUUCAUGUUAAAACUCAACUAAGAAGGAACCUGAUGUGAUAUCUUGGCCUUAACCAUUGGCUUCUGACUGUUGCAUUGUCACUCACCGUCAAAACGACCAUUUCAUGGAUAAAACAUUCCUCUUAUUGAAGCAAAAGACAUAAAAUAUAUUUAUAAAGUUGCAUUUGAACA